ACAGUCCACGUAGACUUAAUUCGUAAAUGUCUAUUACUAGCAUGCGGAAAUCGUGGUUAUUCCCAGCUACGGAUCUGCUUUAAAAUCGAUAGCAUGACAAGUAUAGCUAUACUUUGUGAUCAAAUAUAAUAGAAAUAUCAGCAAUAUAUUAGUGAUACUAGAAAUACUGGAACAUUUUCACGUCGUAUAUAAUGAAGUGUGCCAAAUUUUACGAGUGUGUCGAGGAGAAGAUAGGGGGCGUAUUUUCAAGUUAUGGUCGGUUCGUUUCCCGACAUGCCUGGAAAAUCAUUAUCAUAACAGUGAUAGUGAAUGCAGGCCUUGGUGUUGGGAUGUUGAAAUUAAAGUCAGACAUCGACACAGGAAAUGUUUAUUAUCCGACAGGAAGCCAGGCUAGGAAAGAUAAGGCAAAGGUCGAGGGAAUAUUUCCUGACCUAAGUGGUUCCAAUUACAACUCCCUACAACUAACUGAAGAAGCUCAAUGGGCAAGAGUGAUUGUCAGAUCAAAAUCUGGAAAUCUGUUAAAACGACUAGAACUGGAAGAGGUACAGGAUAUAGCAGAACAUAUACUUAACAUCACAGCGACUGACGAGAAUGGAGCUGCCAUAGAGUUUUCAGAUUUUUGUGCCAUCACACACACCCAAUGUGCCGUUGAAGGUGAUCUCUUCUGGGACACCGACUUUCUUCUUGCUGUCGACAACGACAAUGUAACAUAUCCCGAAUUCACCACAACAAAGGCCGGGACUCAAAGCUAUGUUUCUGAUAUAGGAGGGAAGCAAACUUUUGAUGCUACAGGGCAGUACCUAACUGGCGUGGAAUUCAUCAAAAUAAGUUUUACGAUAAGAACUGAUGGAUCGAUUUUUGAAGACAAAGCAACUAAAUGGGUUGACAAGUUUAAUGAGUAUAUGGACACGUAUACAUCAAACCGGCUGGACUUGGCAUAUGGUCAUUUCAAAUCACUUGAUGAAGAAUUGGACAAAAAUGUGUCUGGAGAUAUUACUUUAUUCUCCAUAACAUUUACUUUGAUGAUUACGUAUGCUUGUUUCACUACAUUGUCAUCAAGAUGCACAGAUCAGGUCGGACAGCGUAUGAUGCUUGGUUUCGCUGGAAUCUUUGCUGCAGGAUUGGCUAUUUUGACUGGGUUUGGGUUUUGUGCUGCUAUUGGUGUAGAGUUUGUUAGCAUUGUCGGAGUUCUACCCUUCCUGUUAAUAGGCAUAGGAAUAGACGAUAUGUUUAUACUGCUGUCUGGGUUGUCAGAGGCACAGACCAAAACAACUGUAGAAGACAAAAUGGCAGAAACUUUACGCAUUUCCGGUGUAGGAAUCACGAUUACGUCUUUGACUGAUCUAAUCGCGUUCAUGGCUGGUGCUGGUUCAAGUUUUGUAGCAGUUAAAAAUUUCUGUAUUUAUACAGGUGUUACAGUCAUUUUCUGCUACAUCAACAAUGUUACUUUCUUUGCAUCAUGUCUGGCGAUAAAUGAACGCCGGGUAGAGGGAAAUCGUCAUUUCCUGACCUGCAGACGAAUUAAGACCAAGGAACAACUCAGUAAUGAUGGUGCAUCAACUAAUGUUGUAAUGUGUUGUGGCGGAACUCCACCAACAAAUAGAAAUGAGGCUGAAGGAUACUUAGAUAGGCUUCCGCGCUGGCUUGUACCAAAAAUAGUUCUUAAAACACCCUUUAAAGUCAUAAUUAUUUUUCUUUUUAUUGGGUACCUGGCAGCGGCAAUUUACGGAUGCAUUCAUAUGAAGCAAGGCUUACUCUUGACAAAUUUGGUAAAUGAAGAUUCUUAUUUUUAUAAAUAUUCUAAAUGGGAUGAAGAGCAAUUUCCCCGUCAAACUCCAGUGUCAUUUGUCAUCCAUGGCUCGUAUGAAUACUCCAAAAGUCAAACAAAAAAUAUGAUAGACAAUCUAAUAUCUGAGACCCAUUCAAACAAAUACUUUGAUAACGUCUUUAAAGUUAACUGGCUUGAAUCGUAUGGGAAUUCUGUACAUUACGACAAUGUCUCCGAAACAGCUUUCAUAACAGGCGUUUAUAAAUUUAUAACCGAUCCUAGAUAUUCUAGAUUUGAAAAUGACGUUGUAAUUGAUUCAACCAAUCAAAGCAUUACCGCUUCACGAGUUUAUGUCCUUUCUGCAAAACUCGAUGAUAGUCAGGAUGAGGGGAAAAUGAUGCUUGAGGCUAGAGCUAUCGCUGACGCCGCAACUAUAAACUGUUUCGCCUUCUCGCCAUACUUCGUGGCUUUUGAGCAAUAUGUUGCUAUAUUAGGACAGAGUUUACAGUCUGUAGGGAUAGCGUUGGCGGCAGUUUUUGUGAUCACGUGCAUAUUCAUGCCACAUCCGGUUUUAAUCCUGUUUGUAACCAUCGCUGUUACAAUGAUUAUGGUAGGCGUGUUUGGGUUUAUGUUCUACAUAGAUGUUACUCUUAGCGCUAUAACCAUGAUACACUUGAUUUUAAGCGUAGGGUUUUCCAUUGAUUUCACCGCACAUAUUUGUCACGGCUACAUGAUCUCUAGGUCCAAAACUCGCGAAGAAAGAGUAAGUAGUUCUAUAGAUAAAACAGGCGCACCGAUUUUCCACGGAGCGAUUUCUUCACUUCUCGGAAUACUUGUUCUAUUUUGGGCUAAAUCAUACAUUUUUAGAACAUUUGGAAUAGUAAUGUCGUUCGUGUUGCUGUUCGGAAUAACGCAUGCACUGCUUCUACUUCCUGUUGUUCUGUCUUGGAUCGGACCAUUGAGACAUAACUCGGUAGAAAAAAAACAGAGUAUGACUGAUAUUAAACAAAAGUAGACAUCAGCAGACUAUGCUAAUAUGUCAUUACCCGUGUCAAAUAUUGUUUAAAAGACAACGGAUUGAAAUUAUGUUGGUUUCCCAUUCAUUCUAGUAUGUUUACGUUUACAGGUGUAAGAUUCUUAGUCUUUAUAGAACACGUGCAACUAUUGAUAAUGCUAAAGCUGUAAAAAUGUGCAUAACUUGACUAAAGUCUCACAAAGUCUUUCUUUAAUCUUUACAAUAUAUGACUUUUACUAUUACUGUUUUUACUUGUAAGAGCACACGAAAAAGUAAAGAACAUCAAACAAAAAUACCAACGUACCUACUAUCUUCAAAAGAAAUCAAAGUAAAACUUCUGUUUAAAAUCCUUUCUCAACCUUAUGUAAUAUUAGUUUUGUAUUUUUACAACAUAAUUCCUCUGAAAUGAUUGAGGUGCUUUCUGACCAAACUGGCCAAUAUUGACAAUAUUUAAGACAAUUACUUUAAUACACAUAUACCAUGUACUUCUUUCUUUACAAUGAUGAAUGUCUAAAUUGUUUUGUUUAAUUGGUUUUCAUAGCAAGAUGUACAUGUAAUUUCGUUUUUUUUCCUUCUGUUUUAGUAAUUAGUUUACUAGUGAAUAUGGUAAGAGUUUUUGAAAGUGAUAAAUGCAUUUAUAUCUUAUUGGUUGAUCAUGAACAUUAUAUGUGUAAGGACUCCGUUAAGUAAGUGAUGUUUGUGAAUAUUAUUAAAUGUUCGCCUCCGUUGAGCUGGUCAGGGCUAAAAUACAACUAAUGGGUAAGAAUUCAAUGCAAUUGAAACCUACUUUUAGAGAAAAUUUGCGAAAAAGUAAACGGUUAUGAAACAGUUUUCUCACAUCUAUUGCUUAGUGGCGCUUCAUUUUAUAAAAUAAUCAGCAAAUAAAGACAAGGCCCCAAUUUUACGAAAAACAUAAGUAAUAACUUAGUUAAGUCUGUUAAUUUAAAAGUGUGCUCUUGCUUAAGUUAUUAUUAUUUAAUGUAACAAUUAUUUAUAGCUGAAUUAUACUAUGGUUAGUAGUAUUUGUCUGCAGUCACGGAAAUAUGAUAUUUCUAUUUAAGCAAGAUAUAACGAAAUGAAGUAUUUACUUAAGUAUAUUUCUUAUUUCUAUACUUUGUCUUCUGUAAAAUUCAGAAUUGUUGUGUUUUGAUCUAUGAAAUAGUCAUAUACGGUUCUGAUAAAGAUGAAAAAGUCAUCAUUGAGGACGCAUAAAAAGCAAACACAAGCAUUUGAAAUAACAGUCUUAGCUGAGCAAUUACUUAAGUGUUUUCUUGAAAUUGGGGCCAGUUGUUUGCUGUUGAUAUUGAUCAGGUUUCAAGUUAUUUUCCUGCAACAUAAAUCAGAUUCUCAAAGUGUUUUAUGAUUUAUUUGUUUUCGCAGUUUGACCGAUGUCAUCUGAAAAGGAAUAUAUUGCUAAAACCGCUAUAUCGGAACAAUAAUUUGUGCAAAAAUUGCAUGUUACUGUGCGUCUAAAUUCAUUUCAAAACAGAGUAGCUGCUAACAUUUGUAUUAUAUAAUAAGUCUUGAAUUGUUCCCUCGUUAUCAGUUAUUAUUCACUUGAGUUAAAAAGUGAAAAUUUACUGUUGACUUGACUUAAAAAGUGUACCUUUAUUAGCGACUUGAGUAGAAAAUGUACAGUUUUUAAUGACUUGAGUUAAAACGUGUACAGUUAUUGUUGUCUUGAAGUAACAAGUGUGCAGUUAUUGUUGACCGAGUUAAAAAGUGUACAGUUAUUGUUGAGUUAAAAAUGUACAGUUAUUGUUGACCGAGUUAAAAUGUGUAUAGUUACUGUUGAGUAAAAAGUGUACAGUUACUGUUGAGUUAAAACGUGUACAGUUAUUAUUGAGUUACAAAGUGAUCAAUUAGUGUUGACAUUAGUUAAAAAGUGAACAGUUAUUGUUCGCUUGAGUUUAGAAGUGUACAGAUAGUGUUGACUUUAUUUAAAUGGUGUACAGUAUUUUUUUUAAUUGAGUUAAAAAGAGUACAGUUUUUGUUGAGAAAUUAAGUGAUCAGUUAUUGUUGACUUGUGUCAGAAAGUGAACAGUUAUUAUUCACAUGAGUUGAAAAGUGAACAUUUAUUGUUGACUUGAGUUUAAAAUAGUACAGUUAUUGUUGACCCGAGUUACUAACAAUGAUAAGCCAACAUCGACAGGGUUUCAUUUCGUCAAAAGGCAUACCAAAAAGUAAACACGUUGCAAACGUUUACAUUUUAAAAGAAAAUUACCUGUAUAUUGAAGUGAAAUUAAAUGGUGUUGCAAAUGUGUAAACAUUUUAUAUUUCUUCCGAUUUUCUGUAAAUAAAACCACUAUUAUAUUUAUCAAUAAGUAUGUACUGUUAAAACCUUUGUGCACCUGUACGUUUUCUUAAGACCGACAAUGUUUUAGUUAUCGUUUCAAUUUGUCUUAAAAUGCCGAUCUUUAGUUAUAAAACAUAAAUCAUUAAAGAUGAAUAGCUGUUGUACUUCUUAUACUACACUUAUUUUAUGAUAUAAAUAUUAUUAUAAAAUCACAGUGUAUCAACUUUCAGAACAAAACAAUAUGUUCGAUUUCUUUUGUACGUCUACAAACCUAAAAGUUUUUGUUUGAAAUUAUCUUGUUUUGCUUAAUUGCAAUAUUUUUUAAUAAAAUGAUAAAUACAA